AUGGAAGUUAUUGAUCCGAAUAACGUUAAAAUUUAUAAUUUAAGUGCUGGAAAGUCUCUUCCGGAAUGGUUGAGCGAUCGGAAAAAGAGAGCACUUCAAAAAAAAGACAUUGAUAUUCGUCGUAGAAUAGAAUUAAUUCAAGAUUUUAAUAUGCCUGGUGUUAGCACUAAUAUUAAUAUUUCACCCGAUGGACAAUACAUUUUGGCAACAGGAAUUUACAAACCAAGGGUUAAAUGUUUUGAUGUUCACCAUCUUUCUAUGAAAUUUGAGAGAUGUUUGGAUUCAGAGGUAGUAGCUUUUCAAAUACUUUCAGAGGAUUACAGUAAGUUAGUCUUUCUUCAGUGUGAUAGAUACAUAGAAUUUCAUGCAGCUGGCGGUUAUUAUUAUAAACUUAGGAUUCCAAAAUUUGGUAGGGAUUUAAAAUAUCAUUCGCCGACAAGCGAAUUAUUUAUAGUGGGUGCCAGUUCAGAUAUUUAUAGGUUAAAUUUAGAAAGAGGACAGUUUUUAAUGUCAUAUGAAACAAACUCAUCAGAAAUAAAUAAAUGUGCAGUGAGUCCUGUUUAUAAUUUAUUAAUGUGUGGUACGAGAGAGGGUAAAGUUGAAGCUUGGGAUCCUCGUGAGAGAAAUCGAGUAGGAGAAUUGGACUGCGCUUUACAUUGCACAUCGGACACUCCUCUCGAAGGAUUUCCAUCUGUGACGGCUUUAAAUUUUCAAAAUGGUUUAACUAUGGGUGUGGGAACUGCGACUGGACAAAUCCUUCUGUAUGACAUUCGUGCCAAUAAGCCAUUUUUCAUAAAAGAUCAUUUGUAUGGAUUACCAAUUAAAAACAUUGAAUUUGAAAACAAUCAUGAUUUUGUUAUGUCAAUGGACAGUUCUGUAUUGAAAAUAUGGGAAAAAAAUUCUGGUAAAAUGUUUACAUCGAUCGAAGGUAAAUCUGAUUUUAACGAUUUGUGUUUUGUUAAAAAUACAGGGAUGCUAUUUAUAGCGAAUGAAAACACUAAAAUAUUAACUUAUUAUAUUCCAAGUUUGGGUCCAGCACCGAGAUGGUGUGGAUUUUUAGAUUCGUUAACAGAGGAAUUAGAAGAAAGUAAAAUAAAUACAAUUUAUGAUGAUUAUAAAUUUGUUACUAAAGCAGAAUUGGCAGAUUUAGGUUUGUCACAUUUGUUAGGUACAACAUUACUGAGAGCUUACAUGCACGGGUAUUUCAUAGACAUUAGAUUGUAUAAGAAAGCAAAAGCCAUAUCCGAUCCUUUCGCUUUCGAAAAAUAUAGGAAAAAGAAAAUUCGAGAAUUGAUCGAAUCCGAGAGGCAAAAUCGUGUCAAAGCCAUAAAACUCCCGAGCGUGAAUAAAGACCUCGCAUUGAAAUUAAUGAGCGAUGGUCGAAAACAAUCCAACUUGCUCGAAGACGAAAGAUUUUCAAAUCUUUUCAAGAAACCCGAAUUCGAAAUAGAUCAGAACGCGGAAGAAUACCGCCUGGCGUAUCCGCACCUGUCGCGAAUGGACAAUAAGAAAAAGAAAAAGGAAAGGGAAAAAUUACUCCAGGAUAAAUUCCAAGAAAUAAGCGGAGGAGGAAACGAUGAAGAAUUGGAGGGACGUAACAGUUCGGAUGAGGAAAGUUCGUCUGAUGACGAAGCGGAAAUCAAAAACGAAUUGAGGAAACAGUACGCCAUAAUAAGGCGGGAAAGGAGGGAGAAAGAGUUGGAAGAAGAGAAAAUGUCGGAACCGAAAUUUUACGAAUUGAAAGAGGGAGAGGAUUACAAGGGAAUCAGACAUUUGAAAAACAAAAUAAAUAAAUCUUCGCUCGGAGACAGAGUGGAGAAAGAAGAGAGGAAUAGGAUUUUGUUCACGGGACGUGGGAACAGAGAAAUGAAAUUUCAUUUUAAAAAAAAUCAAAAGGAUUCGAAAUACGAAGAGAAAAUAAAAAGGCAUCAGGAGGAAAGGAGAAUGCUUCACAGGUCGGCCAUGGGAUUGCUCAAAAAGGAAAAACCGAGAAUGUGGAAAGGUAAACGUGUCGUUUAA